UACACAAACAUGGCGGCGACAGCGGCGGCGCCGGCGUGAAUUUCAGCGCUGGACUGACCCAGGUAACAGAGUCGCUGUUACUUCCAUCGCUAGAGCUUGGGACCUUUCCUUAGAGGAGGAAUCUUUGACACAAUAAAAAGUCAGUGCCUGGUCUUCCUGCCCCAGGGAAGAACACUGAAUAAGAGGACAACCAUGGGGAAGAUAAUAAAUAAAGAUUCAAAGAAUAUUAAGAAGGAAAAACAAGGAAAAAAUCACUCAAACAAUCUUCCUGUGCAGAAUGAACAUUUUAACUGGGACAGUUACUUGAGAGAGACUGGAUCUUUAGCUGCUCCAUCACAGUGUUUCAGACAGUCCAAAAUCCCACCUACUAAUGACUUCAAAGUUGGCAUGAAAUUGGAAGCACGUGACCCACGAAAUGUCACUUCUGUCUGCAUUGCCACCGUCAUUGGAAUUACUGGUGCCAGAUUACGAUUGCGGCUGGAUGGCAGUGACAAUAAAAAUGACUUUUGGAGGCUUGUAGAUUCUUCCGAUAUACAGCCCGUUGGAACUUGUGAAAAGAAAGGAGGCAUGCUUCAGCCUCCUCUGGGAUUUCAAAUGAAUGCAUCAUCUUGGCCAAUGUUCCUCUUAAGAACAUUAAAUGGCGCUGAAAUGGCACCUGCAGCGUUCUUUAAAAAGGAACCACCCAAACCAGCUCCAAAUCUUUUAAAAACUGGAAUGAAACUUGAAGCAAUAGACAAAAAGAAUCCAUAUUUGAUCUGCCCAGCAACAGUUGGAGAUGUUAAAGGAGAUGACGUUUUUAUUACAUUUGAUGGUUGGAGAGGAGCAUUUGAUUAUUGGUGCAAAUAUGAUUCUCGAGAUAUCUUCCCAGUUGGCUGGUGUGGCUUAACAGGAGAUGCAUUACAACCACCAGGAAAUAAUGUUUCCAUUACAAAGAGUAGUGCAAAAACACAAUCUUCCCCUUCCAAAGUGACUCGGCGUUCAAUGCAGUCUCCACAGAAAACUGCUCCAAUAUCAGCACAGCGGGGCAAGAAACCAGGUCGGGCUAAACCACCUGGACAGACUUCAGUCCCCAAGAAGGGCAGGUCUCCUAAAAAUGUUUCCCUGACAAAAACCAUCUCUCACACUGAAAAUCUCAAAACAAGAAAAAAAGGCCUAAAACCAGGAAGAAAGAAAAAAAUUCAUGCAGUGCCAUGUUCUCCUUCAUCUAUUUCUCAUAUAAAUUUGUCCAACUUAAGCAAUAGCAACCCAGUUAUUUUUAAAGAUGGAAUUGGUAUUCCUGGGACAACUGCUGCAGUUAUAUCUACAGUUUGUGUUUAUGUGAACAAACAUGGAAACUCUGGACCUCACCUGGACAAAAAAAAAGUACAACUCCUUCCUGAUCACUUUGGACCGGGACCUGUUAAUGUGGUACUUCGUCAGGCUGUUCAAGCUUGUGUAGAUUGUGCCCAUCAAGUUAAAAUGGUUUUUGGAUUCCUUAAAUCAGGACAUCAUGGAGGAGAAAUGAUAACUGCAUCCUUUGAUGGGGAAAAACAUGCCACCAAUCUUCCUUCUGUGAACAGUGCAUCAUUUGUUCUUCGUUUUCUGGAGAAACUUUGCCACAGUCUGCAGUGUGAUAACCUUUUUAGUAGUCAGCCUUUCAGCCCUUAUAUGGGAACUGCACACAGUCCUACAGAUUAUGAUAGAAAUAAACCAGCAAAAGAAGAAAUAUCAGAAAAUAGGGGUACUAAAAGAUAUUCUCAGGAUUCUCCACCCUAUGCUGCCCCUCUUUCCCCUAAGCUUCCUAGAACAGAAGUACAUGCAUCUGAAGCCGAAAUAUUGCCAUCUGAAGAAAAUGGCAUGCCUAAAGAGCACAGAUUUUCUGAACAAUCCAUGGAUUCAUCACUGAAUUCUUUAAGUCCUGCCUGUAGAAAUCCUACAAACUGUCGUACCUCAACAAGUACUACAUAUUAUAGAAAUUCUCUUCAAUCAGUAACUACUACCUCAAACGCAGUGCCAAUGUUACACAAACUGUCAUUGAAUCCUGCUGGGAACAAUUAUUAUGAAGGCAACAAGAGACGGAUGCAAAGGAGGAUUGAAGCUGCAAAUUCGACAACUGGACCAGAUCUCAAUGCACUAAAACGGGAACCUUCAAGAGGAUCCAAUAAAGAUCCCUCAAAUUGGUCUAUAGAUGAAGUGAUGCGAUUUGUGAAAGAAGCUGAUCCUCAGGCAUUGGCACCACAUGCAGAGCUCUUCAGGAGACAUGAAAUUGAUGGGAAAGCACUUCUGUUGUUGAGGAGUGAUAUGAUAAUGAGAUAUAUGGGACUAAAGUUGGGACCAGCAUUAAAGCUCUGCUACCACAUUGAAAGACUCAAACAAGGAAAGUAUUAGCCAGUGAGAGACACAAACAUUAUUGUAUUUUUCUGAUUGGACUGAUUUCUCAGGUUUACAGAUACCAUUUUUAUUUUAAAAUAUUUUUCCAUGGUAUCAAGUUCUCAGUUUGCAGACUCUUAAAAUGUGAUAUUUCUGCUCUUUUCAGGAAACGAUUCUAUUGUAGUAUUUCAAAAUUCAUUCAAGGGGUGAGCAUUUAAUUGACUCUUGCUGGCAGUUAUUCGGGAUUUAUUUUUUAGAAUACUUUGAUAAAUAUAAUAGCUGUUGUAAGAAAUGUACAAGCACACAUUAACUUUAAUUGGUUUCACAUUGAGAACCAAAAUAGCUGAAUCCCAAAGGAUUAAAAAAACAAAACAAACAAUGAAACCAGAAUUGCAGGGGUUUAUCAACUUUUAUAGUUGUGGCUACAGAAAUUUUGCCAAAAAAUUUAAAAAUGCAGAUGUGAAUCUUAUCUCUUGAUAAUCAUUUUCUAAAGCUUUAGUGUUCAAUUUGAUUAUGGUUUUCAGAAAGGGAAUAAAUUUGUGAAUUGUGUUUUUUAAGCAGACAUAAGCUUUUUAGAAAUACGGUCAUUCUUGAGAGAAAUACAAUUAUUAUCAUAUUCAAUCAAUAUUUAUAUUACUUGGAAAGAUUUUCUUUAAUAGUGAACUGUUCAAAGAUGAAAAGUUCAAGAUUCCUUAUAAAUGAUACACUUCGUAUUUUAAAAUAUUCCAUCUUUUUGCUAAGUUUGAAAAUGGAAACAUAAUUCUCUUACACCCAUGUAUACGGAGAUAUCUUGUCUGAUUUUAAAUAUAUAUAUUUUGCAUAUACUGUACCAUAUUUUCAUUUGAUCCAUAUAUCUGUAGGUGUACAUCCAAGUAAAACCUUUGUUUCUUAUGGUUUAAAAUGGCGCUCUGUACUACCACAAUGGUAAUAAGAAACUAUGUAGUUUUUUUUUUUUUUUGGGGGGGGGGCUGCAUCAUUUGCCAUCAUGAGUGUCUCUCCACUUAGUUUUCAAGACUAUAAAAAAAAUCAGAUUAGUUUUGAUGAAGGGAAAUUCCGUGCUCUACACAAAAAUUCAUGUAGUAUCCAAUUCCAAAUCAUUUUUAUCCUGGAAUACACUUUUAUUAUAUUAUUUGCCUCUCUUUUGGUUUUAAUUUAAAGAUUAUGUUUUUCAUAAAGAAAUGGUGCUUUGUGUAUUACUCAUCUUUAUUGCUUUACAUAAAGUUUCGUGCUGUUUAUAUAAGCUGUGAUGUUUUCCCAAUAGUAUAAGCUGCCAAUAACAUUUACAUCAGGGACAAGAAUGUACUUAAUGUACCAGGGCCUCUAUUUGCUAGGGAAAAUGUAAUCUCAAAUGAUAACUUUUAUGAUGUUUAUUACCUUUUUUUAUAAAAGAUUUCUUGUCAAAAUUUGUAUUUUUGCAAAUUGCUUUUUUGAGAAUGCUUUGCUUUAGUUAAAAAAUCUUCAGGUUAUUGAAUGAAUAUUGCAAUAUUGUAUAGUUAAACAGUGUUAAAUGGUCAGAUUUCACAUUUUAAAUGCCAUCCAUGUAAUUUUAAUGUAGCUAGUAAUUUUUGAAGAAUUUUUUUUUACUAUAGAUGCAUCAUUUGAGUUAUGUUGUAUCAACCAAUUUGUAAAUUGUCCAGUAUAUAUUUGAUCAAAGACAUAAAAUACAUUUAAAGUAUAGUAUAUUUUUCUGAUUAGAAAAUUUGUUGAUGAUUUUGUUAUCAAAACUUCAGGCAUUGUUGAUUUGUGCAUAUCACAUUGCAUUAAUGUAUGGAUUUAUUUUAGAUAUUAGCAAAAUAAGUGCCCCCACUAAAAGGGUUAAAUUUCUGCAUUUCUCAUAGAGUUGAUUUUUUUUUUUUUAAAUUACAGUCAUCUUUUAGGUAAAUAGGUAAUGUCCUUAGGAACAAAAUGUUUAUUGUAGGAAGCAUAUGAACUUGGGCACAAGACUACCAAUGGGAAAUUACAUGGAUUGUCUUCAAUUUCAAAAGUGGUGCUAUUGGCAAUGAUGCUUAUUUAUCUUUGCAAGUGGAAUUGAAAAAUCUAAGAUAGCAAUAGUGAUAUUUCGCUGAAUUUCAUAUAGGGACCUUAUACUGCUUUGUAGCUAUAACUUCUUUUCUAUUGAAAAGUUGAUGAAGUUUCAUCACCUGGUACGGUUUGAUAAUAUUCAUCCAACUAUGAGAUAAAUCUGUUAGUCUAAUGAUAAACAGAGAGGAUUAUGGUGUAUAUGUGACCAAACUCAAUUUCCAGAGUGACUGCAUCUUUUUGUGGUUUGCUCACAGUUAAUGUCUUUGUUAUUACCUUGCUGCAUAUAGUUCUUUUUUUUUCCUUUAUUCUCUGCCUUUAUCAAGUUGCUUGAAGUUUCACUUCAUGUUGUCCUCAAGCUUUUUUUUUUUUUGCCUGCCUUUCUUGUAAUUGUCAUAUAUCAGUCCACUUCACCUCACCCCAGCUCUCAAAUAUUCAUCUUUCUUUAGCUUUUCAGACCAAAUUCUUGAUUAAAUUUAAUGUCUUUUUUCAUUGUGUUCUUUAGAUAUAAAAAUGUGAUAGCUUAUCAAAGUAAGAUUUCUUUAUAAUAGGUCUUGGCUUAAUCAUAAGUGCUGACUCUGCAUUGUCCAUUUUCUCAUUUGGCUACUUAAGAUAGCAGGAGGGACAGAAUAUCAUUAAAAAAAUUUUUUUUAGAGAAAUUUGCAAAUAUAUUACAGAUUAAAAAAAUUUGUGAGAAAAUUAUAAGUUCAUAUUAAUUUCCAUAUUUUUUGUUAAAUCUCAACUGCAGUUGUUUAAAGUAAGUUGAUAAAAAUUGUAUCUGUACCAGGUGAUUAGUGUUGGAGAAUGAAUCAGAAAUAUAUUGAAUGUGGAACCAUAGUGAUCAUAAAUAGUUAAUUCACAUGAGCAUAGUAAACAGUUUACUUCUUCCAAGGAGGACCAAGGUAAAUAUAUCAUUGUGCAAAUAAAUAAUACUUUACUAGAAAAUUUGCCUUAUUUUCUUAUUUCUACAGACUGUGCAAAAUCUUUUGUUUAUGAAUGCAGAUAUGACAUGAAUCAUUUUUGUUUAUUCCAUUACCAUUAUUUCGCACUGUAUUAUAGCGUGAUCCCUAAGUAUAAAAUAUAUAUUUUUAAAUGUAAAUUUAACAGGGAUGUUGUAUAGAAAAAUGAAUAAAGUAUGUGUUUCAUGUUUUAA